AUGACCUUGGCUUUCUCUGUAGUGGGCAAGAUUCUCAAACUGCGUCAUCACCCUACUACCAUAACCUUGAACACACUCAUGAAAGGUCUGUGUCUUAAGGGUGAGAUCAAGAAAGCACUGCACUUUCAUGACAAGGUAUUAGCACAAGGGUUUAAGCUGGAUGAGAUUAGUUAUGGGAUUUUGAUCAAUGGGAUGUGUAAAAUAGGAGAAACAAGAGCUGCCAUUCAGUUGUUGCGAAUGAUUGAAGGAAGGUCUAUUAAGCCUAAUGUGAUAGUGUACAGCAUAAUCAUUGAUAGUCUUUGCAAAGAUAACCUUGUAAAUGAGGCUUGUGAUUUGUAUUCUGAAAUGGUUGUAAGAAGAAUUUUUCCUGAUGUUGUCACUUACACUAGUCUAAUGCGUGGCUUCUGCAUUAUUGAUCAACUAAACAAAGCAAUUGGUUUGUUAAAUGACAUGGUGUUGAAAAACAUCAACCCAGAUAUUUAUACCUAUGGUAUAUUGAUUGAUGCUUUAUUUAAGGAAGGAAAGGUAAAAGAAGCUAGAAAUGUGUUAGCCGUGAUUGUGAAAACAUGUUUCAAACCUGAUGUUAUUGUUUGUAGUGCUUUAAUAGAUGGAUAUUUCUUAGUUAAUGAAGUGAAGAAUGCAAAACAUGUAUUCUACACUAUGACUCAAAUGGGAAUAAGUCCAGAUGUUCAAUGCUAUAGUAUCAUGAUUCAUGGUCUAUGUAAGAUUAAAAGGGUGGAUGAUGCCAUGAAUCUUUUUAAAGAAAUGCACCACAAAAAUAUGGCUCCUGAUACAGUGACUUAUACUUCUCUCAUUGACGGUUUGUGCAAAUCAGGAAGAAUAUCUUAUGUUUGGGGUCUUAUUGAUGAAAUGCAUGAUACCGGUCAAUCUCUUGAUGUAAUCACCUAUAAUAACUUGAUAGAUGCUCUAUGCAAAAAUCGACAUCUUGACAAGGCAAUUGAAUUGUUCAACAAAAUGAAAAACCAGGGAAUUCGGCUAAAUGUAUACACAUCCACUAUACUUCUUGAUGGACUCUGUAAAGGUGGAAAACUUAAGAUUGCACAACAAGUUUUUCGGGAUCUUUUGACUAAGGGCUAUUGCUUAAAUGCUCAUACAUAUACUGUUAUGAUCGAUGGGCUAUGUAAAGAGGGCUCACUUGAUGAAGCAUUGGUCUUGCGGUCAAAUAUGGAAGACAGUGGUUGCAUGCCAGAUGCUGUAACUUUUGAAAUUAUGAUCCGUGCUUUCUUUGAAGAAGAUGAGAAUGAUAAGGCAGAGAAACUUUUCCGUGAAAUGAUUGCUAGAGGCCUAUUGUAA